GCAAAGGUAAUUAAAUUAUUGUGAGAAUUGUAGAGAUUAUCCAGUAAACCACCUCGUACAUCAGCGUGACAGCGACUCAUAAAUUUCCUAAUUAAGGUACUAAAUGCACCCACGACGACAAAUAAGACAAUGGUGUUCCAUUUAAUGUUAUAGAUAAGCGUGAUCUAAUCCGGUUUAAAGAAAGUGAAGACACGUGGACAAAUCAGAAGGGGUUAUUGGAAAUAGAGAGCGGGGGUCGGGGUUUAAGGAUUGUCUUUAAGCAACCGACCUCCUCCGAUUACUCCAACGCCGGUGUGAAACGGCGUUAUAUAUAUAUCUGCCGGCUUUUUUGAUCUCUCUCUCUCUCUCUCUCUCUCUCUGUCUUUUGUUGUUUUUUUUUCAACGGCUGCGAUUUCUUUCUCUCUCUGUGACCAAACCCAUCUCUAAUAAAGGCUUUCUCUUUUUAUCUCUCUUUUUGUUUUUCAUUCCCUGAGAAAAUUUCAUCAAAGUUGAUCCGUCUGAUCUUCCCGAGGUUGGAAAACUCAAUACUUGACGCAACAUCAAUUUCCAAAAACGCAAUUUUGGUUGUUUGUUUCCAUCUCUGAAUUUUGAAUAAAUAAAAAUGGGGUAUGAGCUUGAUCGAGAUGUUGUUCGUUGGGGUCUCAAUGAUCUUGAGGUUUGUACGCUUACCAAUGCUGGUUCUUCCACUAGUGUAACGCGUUAUGAGCCAGAUGCUGGUACUCAAGGCUAUGUUAGAGAAGGUUAUGUAGACAAUGAUGCUGUAAUUGCUCAGUUUUAUCAAGACGAGUUGUCUAGGCUUGAUCAAGCCGAAGCAUCAGGGAUCAGUAAUCCUAAUCGUAAUUCAGUUGUUGCGCAAGAGUGGCCUCACUCUAGUCAAGGGCAGGAUAAUCAAGUGGAUGUUAUUGAUAUUACUCGGGAAAGUGAUAAUUUUCAUAAUAAUCAUAACGGUGACAUGGAAGACAAGAAUGCUUCAAGGAUAGGAUUUAAAGGAGUGCAAAGUUCCCCAUCUCGUGAUGAUGACUCUGUUUGUUCUGUAGAAGUAGAAGAAGAAUCUUGGUCAGAGUUUGGGAAGCGAUUGAACCAGAUGAUACCUAUUGCUCAUGUGCCUAAAAUUAAUGGAGAAUUACCGUCAGAGGAUGAGCAGAUUUCUGAUCAUGAACGGCUUUUUCAAAGAUUACAGCUUUAUGGCUUGGUGGAGAAUAAGAUUGAAGGAGAUGGAAACUGCCAGUUUCGGUCGCUAUCAGACCAGCUUUAUCGCUCUCCAGAACACCAUAAUUUUGUCAGAGAACAAGUUGUUAAUCAGCUUGCGUAUAAUAGAGAGAUGUAUGAAGGUUAUGUUCCAAUGGCGUUCAAUGACUAUCUUAAAGCAAUGAAACGGAAUGGUGAAUGGGGUGAUCAUGUUACUCUUCAGGCUGCUGCGGAUUGGUUUGGUGUUCGGAUGUUUGUGAUAACUUCAUUCAAGGAUACAUGUUACAUUGAGAUCUUGCCGCAUUUUCAGAAGUCUAAUCGCCUUAUAUGUUUAAGCUUCUGGGCUGAAGUUCAUUACAAUUCAAUCUAUCCUGAAGGAGAGCUGCCCAUACCGGAAGGCAAGAAGAAGAAGAAAUAUUGGGUUUUCUGAGCUCUUUUUCUUCUGAUGGAGGCACAAAGUUGAUGAAGUAUUCUUUUGACUAACUUAGAAUAUUUUUAGUUGUAGAGAGCAAUUUGUUCUUGUAUAUAGUAAACAUAAUCCCAUUAAGCAUUAACCAUAGUAUUCUCAGUUUUAAAUAAGCUUUAUUAAUAUUAUGAAUAAAAGUUGUAGUUACAUUUCUGGGAAUCAAUCAAUAAAAAGGCAUUUUUACAGUUCA